CCACAAGUAUGAAUGAUUCAUUGCUAAAGUCAUUUAAUCUUCAUUAGGACAUUAUGGAUAUGUUCGACAUGAAGUUAUAAUAAUUUUGUACACUAUUUGUCACUUGUGUCAUGUGUCAAAUUUUGCUAGGUACCGUAUCUCUAAUCUCUAAUAAUGGAAAUGAAACGGAAUUUGCCUCCAUUAAUUGAUUCAGAUCUUGAGGGUGAACUCCAUUUGGUCUUGAGUGGUGCAUCAGUCACUCCUUGCCUGGAUCCUCACCUGAGUCUUGCUGUCACAGGAGUGUGGUAUGGUGACCCAGAAGCCUUUGUAUGCAGAAUUGUCAGUGCUCAAGAAAGUGGCAAAAUUUCCUUUGGAGUAGUCUGUGAUGGCCCUGCUUUCCGCCAGUACCUAUUGGAUGCAAAGAGAUUAGUCCUUACCUUACAUACAAUUGAGACACAAGAAUGUAAUGCAGUUGAUAAUGAUGAUUUUCUCCACACAAAUUCUCAGGCUACAAAAGUGUUGGAACCUUUGCAAUUUGACAAAAAUGCUUCUGUUUAUCAUGUUUUGAAGCCAGUUAACCUGAGUCCCUCAAAGAGGCCGCAAAAACAGAGCCCAACAAAGCGGUCAACAGGAAGAUCCGUCUCUACCGUGACUGCCGCUGCGGACCUCCCAAAUUAUCUGCAUGGCACACCUCGUCAUCGGUUACUGGAGAAACGCCGCACCUCAUGGCAGCCUGGUGAAGAAGUUGGUCAAGUUGUUGUUGCGAACCUCAAACUGAACUCUAGAGGCGAGCUGGUGCGUAUAUGUGACAUCAUAAAUCUUUUUGGUGAUCACCGUGGCACACUGGAUGUAACUAUGGUCUAUUAUGAAAAUAUUUUACAGUCGUACACACUUUUGGAUGAAGUAACCAAUUUAAAGUCUGGUGUAGUUCAGCAGUGGGAUCGAAACUCGAGCUAUAAUUACUCUCCAACUGAAAACAAAGAAAAUGAAUGUGAUGGGCUAAGAGAAGCCAAGCUGACAAAGGUUUCUCAGACGCAUGUGCUGGAUGAUCUGACUGAAGUGUCGUCCAUGGGAAGAGAUUUCGGCUCAGAUGAGAAGGAACUGCUGCACAACGAGAGACCAGCGUCGGAAAAUGAGCCUGACAAAUGUCACUCUUCAAACGUCUCACUUACGGAUGAGAGCGUUUUGGAUUAUCUGAGACAACUUGACCCCAAAGCUUUGGUUGAGUGUGGAGCUUUAAGGCAAGCUGAUCUUCCCAAGUUCCUGAAACUGAUUCAAGAUUGCACUAUUGAUGACAAUGCUUCUUUAGCUUCCAAUGCUUGUGCACCUGCAUCUGACCCUGAGCUCAUUGUUAAUCCCGAUAUCAAAGAUUAUGACUCACCAAUUCAUGGUAAGAAUGUUGAUGGCAACAUUCCCGAGACUGUUUCUUCUGAUGUGGAAAAAACAAAGUCAAGACAUAACUUGUUUGGAUCUUUGCGCGAAAGGAAUACUUCUAAGUUGUAUUUGAAUCAGGUUGCACAAUCAGCUGAUGCACAUGUGUCAGAAAAGGCCAAUGUUUUUUGCUCCGAGCCCAGCGUUAUUUCGUUGCCAUCUGGCGUGUGGCCGCUGGAGGACUGCAACGAUUUUUCUGCUCCUUUUCGCGGUGCUGAGAAGAGCGUUUUGAGCGACAGAGAGAGAUGUAAAGCUGACAAAUUCCAUGCAAUUAGAUCUGAAUAUGGCGGUGAAAAUGUAUCCAGCAAUAUGCCAGGUCAAUCACUCGUGAAUCCGCGUAUGGAUGAGGGUGAAAUUUGCUAUUUGCAACAGGGAAAGUCACUGGAUUUGCUAUCCAAGUUGAAAUACAAAGCAUUUACUCCCGAAGGCGAGGAAGUUGUUAUGGACGGGCGCAGCAUUGCACGCUUGACAAAAAAUAUGUCAGACUCCAUCAACGGCGAUCAAUCGGCGCAAAACAACAAUGAUGUCGGUUAUAAGUCAUGUGGUUCAGAAUUUCCAAGUCAUGAAAUCGCAGGAACUCCAGGAGUUUCCGGGAACCGUCGAAAAUUUCGUGCUUUAGAAAAGCAACAUCUUGAUUUUCCCGAAGCUGUGAAAACCGUAGAAAUGAAUUCCCGAAAUUGCCCCAUACUAAUCAAUUCAUCUGAUGUAAGUGCGUCGGCUGGGGAGAGACCUAUGUUAUCAGAUAUUUGCGAUAAUUCUGAUAACAAAAGUGACAUUUCUGCUGCAUCGGAUGAAACUUACACCACAUCUACGCUCAACAAUAUAAAUGAUUCAUCGGAAAGGGCAAGCCCCGGCAGCGUGUUGCUUGUUGAGGUGAAAGAACUAACGCUACGCGGCGCCCUGUCCAGACAGCCUACAUCUGCAGCGUCUUGCCUCAAAGGCGUGAAAAAGCGCAGCAGCGUUUGCAUCCUGACAUCGUUAACGGUGACCGCCCCCGCCUCCCCGCACCCUGCUGGUGGAGAAGACCUGAGUCUUGGUGGACGAGACGUGCUCACGACUGACAAUGGUCCUACAGUCACUGACGAUGGCAGGCAGACUAUCACACUUGCUUCACGUCACCUCGAGUAUAAUAAGGUCCGCUACGACGCUGUCCAGGCAUUCGGCCUUGCUGGGCUCUGGGAUCCUGGUCAGCUGCAGAAAGUCUCGCUGCACAUCAAAGUUUACCGACGUGUUCUGGGCCAGCAGAAGAGUGAGGAGCUGUGUGGCGCAGAGCUGUCCCUGUGGGACGUGUAUCGUCUGGUACAUGGUCACCUCAUCGUCCCUCUUGCUCCUGCUUAUCUCCACCACUCGCCUUCCAGGAGCUUGCGUUUUCCCUCACCUUCCAGUGCGCGGUGUGGUCCUGGAAUAUCCCGUGCGUUUCCCGACUCGACUUCGAGACAAGAUUCUUCCAGACGCAUAAGUGGGGGAGAAAAGAUUUCAGUGAAGAGCCCUAAAAAGAAGCGAGUUACAGAUGAGAAUAUAAACCUCGUGUCAAAAAGACUGAUAUCAGGAAAUGUUCGAAGUACCAAGGCAGAUCGUGAUGUACCAAGUGUCGGCGGAUUGGCGCAUCAAGGCCGUGGCUCCAAUGUUGCCCGUAGUAACAAAUGCAGUAAGAACAAAUUACCUGGUAAUGGAAGUGCCGUUUCUGGAGAAAUUUGCAUUUUCUUGAAACUGUUUCUAAAUGAACAGUAUGGGAAUGAGCUACGCAACAGCAUCAUAGAAGAUCCAUUAGUUCUUGCAUCAUUUGUCAAACGCGAAGCCCUCAACAAUAAGGAAUUGGAAGAUUCCGACGAAUCUGACGUAGUCACUGUACUGCCUAACUUGGACCGUCAUGGAACGACCAGAUUACUUGAUCAAGUAACUGGUCAGUACCUCGCCACCAAGAUAGAUGCACACGAAACGGAACAUCACUCCAACUCCGGUGAUUUUGUGCCAUCUUGUCCCACUGACUCCGGACAGUUCGAGAGCACGUCAGGUCGACCGUUCAUUCCCUUGGUGUCGGAUAUUCCUCUACCUAUAAACGUGAUGCUUUCAGCUCCCAAGAUUAUGCCAUCCCGAGAAUCUAGAGAUAAACGGGAGAUCGAAGCCAGCAACGACUCAGAAACCGCAUUGGUGAAAGAAAGUGAAUCAUCAAGUCGUUGUAAAGAUUCGACCGUGCAAUCAAUGCAAAACCGAUUUGAUACCUCAGCUGAACAAAUUUGUAAUAAAAAAUACAGGGUUUCAGAUAAUCCUGCGUCUAUUAACUGUCUCCAGAACACGGCCAACGAUCCGUCCGUGUCUUUCAUUCAAACCCUGAGCCGACAACAUUACUUGAGCACGGAAUAUUUCAUCAGAAUCCACGUAGAAAUAUUAGAGGCCAAGGACCUUGUUAGUGCCCGUAUGACAGAUGAUGGAAGGGCCAUGCCUCCUACGUACGUCAAGGCCACCUUCUUUGGCAAGAAUUUGACGACUGGGAUUAGCGACCCAACAUCCUGCCCUGUGUGGAAUUUCGCCACCGACAUCGUCGUGUCCUCGUUCGAGAUCAGCGACGUAUCUUCGAGCAUGAUCGUGUUGCGCGUGUACGAGAGGCGGCAGGAGGCAGGCAAUCCGCUGAUCGGUUGCCUGGCACUGCAGCCGCCCACGCCCUUCUGGCCAGGCCAGGUGUCGCUCUGUGGCUGGUAUCCCUUGCUCAAUAUGAGGGGUCGGCUGGCGGGGCACGUCAAGCUUUCAUUAACCAUUGUGGAGUCGUUGUUGAGUGACGCCGGGAGCUCGUCAGGCGCAGGUUCGACCCCGCGGCGGAGUGAUCACCCAGGGCUCCCAGAUCAGCCAGCAGCCGUACGCGAUGUUUCUAAGUCAGACAGAGAUUUCGAAAAUGAUACCUGCAGUGACUAUCAAGGAACAUCUCGUUUGACCAAUGAUCGUUCGCAAACACAGCCCGAACGGCAUUCGAAAGUUACGUCCAUUAAUACACGCUACAAAUCUGUGAAUUCUGAAAUGCCGCACCCGAGCUGUAUAAUGAAGUUCGAUUGUCGGACUAAAAAUCAGGGCAGCAAUGGCAGCACGCAGUACUUUCGUAAUCAGUAUUCUGAAGUGGACAGUUCUGAACCUGAAGCAAUUUCGGUGAAAAAUUAUAUACCUAUCGUGGAGACCCAAGCUGAUCCCAUCUACCCUCCUCCUGCCAGUUACGCGGACCACCAAUACAACGAGGAGAAUAUUGGAGUCGUCAGUGAAACCAGCAACUGGACUCCCAAUGUUGCUAGGUACAUGGACAGUCUGCCAUAUGAUGCUGAUGGAAUUACGAUUUCUUUCACUAAUGACGAUCUAAGAUUUAAAGAAUCAAUAAGUGACCCAGACUAUAUCUCGGACCUUGAACGUGUAACUGCUCAUAGAAAUGGAAGCCGUCAUUCAAAUACGUUCAUGGCGAGUGGACAAAGCGUUGGUUCAUCCAGGAAUAACCUGGCAUCACUUUCUUUAGUGUCAAAAAGCCAAUACCCCGCAAAUUACUUGAAUUCCACCCAUACAUUUACUUCAAUGGAUUUUACGACCACUGUCGUUGUACCGUCUGGUAUUUGUUACCCUGAUAUUUCCGACACUGCCUCGCCCGGUCAAACUGCCGUUUGUAAACAAAGAUGUUCUGGGCUUGCUAAUCAAUCAGUUAUUUCUGGUUCUCAAAAGCUCAUAUUUUCCGAUCGUCUUCAUUAUUCUUCUACAAGUGAUCAUCAAUCGGAAAAUUUUGACUUGAAUUUUUGUAGGGAACGAGACGCUGAAGUGAUGUUUCGCAAGGUUCCAUUGUCUCCGGUAUCGUGUCUGAAAACUGUGGAUAGCCCUCGCAUGCUCUCCAAGAAAGUGCAGUUUGCCGACGAGCCGGACUUCUCUGCAAAUCUGGUGUCAAUUAUUAACUCUCACCGUUCCGAUGAACUACAACAGCGACGACUUACUGAUGUUGUUGCUAACGAAUACCUUUCAGACAAUCUUGCUUCGAAUUUUUCCGGCCGAGGAUCGCCAGUAAUGGUUUCAAGAAAUUUCUGUGAAAGCGAUAGAAGUCGUGACUAUAUGAACAUUACAGAACUUCCUAAAUCGGCUCGUGAGCCAGAAAAGGUAAAUAACUCGAAUGUUUCAGAGAGAACUGUCAGAAUAAAUCCACUUUUGGAAUCAUUGUCAUGGAUGAAUUUAGCGAGAGACAAUGAUAGUCCGUGCGUUUCGUACAUAGAUUCUUCGAAACGUUCAUCUCUGCGGUCUCGAGAGGAACGCGUUCUUGCCUCCAGUUGUCCAGUCAUGAACUCGGAUGGGGAAAUUGUUACUCCAACCUUUGAGAAUAACGCGUUCAUGCAUAAAGAUCAAUCACCUACCUCUUCAAAAUUAGUUGUUCAAAAUAACCAAGAUUUGUUUAGAGAGAAAGGCGACGCCGGAAGAAGCGAGUGCCGCUCCGUAUCUUCGGACACGAAUAAAAAAUGUUCAAUCCUGCCUGACUAUUCUUCACAGGAAAGUGAGAACCUAAGUUCACCCCUACAAAAGCCACAGUCCACAGGUGUUCUGCAUCCAACCCAGGCUCGCCAAAACGUUUCUAAGUGCAGACUGGCUGCAAAUUUUUCAUUUAAGAAACAGCCGAGAUGAGAGCCAUCCCCAGGUAUGAAAAUAUCACCGUGCCUAAACGAAUCUCGCCUACAAACUAUCGUUGUACUAAUUUUUCGUCGAUGUAACUUCUAUUUGGUUCACAUAUAUAUUUUUGUACGUUUGCAUUACUUCUGAUUAGUUGUUGAAUAAAGGAAAAAGUUGCUAAUC